UGAAGAUAACAAUUCUACACCAGAUUAUAACUCUUUUAUAGCACCAUGUGAGAAAGCAGACGUCCGUGGAUUCCGUGCCAUCUUCUUGCCAAUAAUGUAUGGAAUUAUUUUCAGUAUUGGGCUGGCAGGGAAUGGUUUAGUGAUGCUGAGGUACAUCUAUUUCAACAGGCUAAAAACUGGAACAGAUUAUUACAUGCUGAACUUGGCUAUAGCAGACAUGGUCUUCCUCAUCACCUUGCCUUUCUGGGCAGCCAGCAUAGUCCGUACUUGGAUUUUUGGCAAAGAAUUCUGCAAAGUCAUAUACGGCCUCUACAAAAUGAGCUUCUUCAGUGGGAUGUUUCUACUUAUGUCCGUGAGUGUUGAAAGAUACUUUGCUAUUGUCCAGGCCCCCUCUGCCCACCGUCACCGGUCCAAGACAGUGUGGAUCAGUAAAAUCUCCAGUUUGGGCAUCUGGGUUUUGGCUUUCCUCCUGUCUGUACCUGAGUUUAUCUACAGUGGUGUCAAAGAGUAUAAUAGCGAGAAGAAUUGUGUCAUUUACUCUGAUAACAUCCAGAGCCUUAAUGCUGGACUCAAGAUCGCCCAGAUGGCUUCUGGAUUCCUUCUGCCCUUGAUAAUCAUGUUCUUCUGUUACAGCAUGAUAAUUGUGACACUGCUUCAUGCACGUAAUUUCGAGAAAUACAAAGCCAUCAAGGUCAUCAUUGCCAUUGUCAUUGUGUUUGUUGUCUUUCAACUUCCUUACAAUUGUGUCAUGUUAAUUAAGGCCUUUGAUAACAGCACUCAGUGUCACACCAGCAAGACCAUUGAUUUUGCCGACGAUGUUACCUACAGCCUUGCCUGCUUGCGAUGUUGCCUUAACCCAUUCCUCUAUGUCAUCAUUGGGGUCAAAUUCAGAAAUGACCUUUGCAAGUUCUUUAAAGACUUAGGCUGCAUGAGCCAGGAAAAGUUUGCCAAAUGGUCAACGGCCAAGCCAAGCAAGAGAAGCUCCUUUGCAAUGGAAACCGACACAACAACAACAUUUUCUCCUUAAAUAU